AUGCUGCAGAUCCAAUCCAAACGAUUCUACCUCGACGUGAAACAAAACCGGAGGGGGCGGUUCAUCAAAGUUGCUGAGAUCGGUGCAGAUGGACGUCGUAGCCAAAUAUUCCUGGCGAUGUCUACAGCUGCUGAGUUCCGCGACCACCUCUCGAGCUUCAGCGACUAUUACUCGUCCCUUGGCCCGCCUAAUCCUGAAAAUGUGCCUGAUGAUGGGAAACUCAAGUCCGAGAUGAUGUUAAAGGACAACAGGAGAUACUAUCUUGACCUUAAAGAGAAUUCUCGCGGGCGUUUCCUACGCGUUUCUCAGACGAUCACACGCGGUGGACCGCGCAGUCAGAUCGCGUUGCCUGCUCAGGGAAUGAUUGAGUUUCGUGAUGCUUUGACUGAUUUGUUGGAUGAUUUUGGCACUGAUGAUGGGGGGGUAAGUUCGUACAAAGGCGAGCUCCCCGAAGGGCGCCACCUCCGCGUUGACAACAAGAAUUUCUACUUCGACAUCGGACAGAACAAUCGCGGGAUAUACAUGAAAGUCAGCGAGGUGAAAAGCAAUUUCCGUACAGCGAUCACGGUGCCAGAGAAGUGUUGGUCUCGUUUCCGGGACAUAAUGGCCGAAUACUGUGAUAAGAUGGGACGUGCGCAGCUCUCCCCGCCUACACACCAGGGCGGCAGUGGUUCUGGAGGUAGAGCCGGCAGUGCGCAGCCUGCACGGGAAAUGGACACAUUUGGCGGAAACGGCGCGAGUCGGAUUUGA